ACGGGCGGGUGUGUCUGGAGAAGUCCACGUCGCGUCCCGCGAGGGUUGAAUAUGGCAGUCCGUACUCUGAACUUGGCAGCAGCAGCGGCAUUGCCUUCGUCGCCUGCGUUGCGAGUUCCAUGGUCCUCCCUGUGUCGAAGCCAACCUCCUGUCAUCGCCUGUUGCCGCAGCCAGUGGACUCGCGCGUGCUCUCGACUUGGCUCAGCUGUCGGUGCUUCUCCUUCCUCAAAUCGCGCGCGCGCGCAGACUCAGCCGCUGAUCGAUCCUCUUUGCUUACGUUUUGGCACCGGAUCCGCACCUCAGGUUCCACUUCGCCGUCUUCUUCUUCCUCGUCGUGGGCAGCAGCCGACGCUGCGCCGAGGGGGCCCGCUCGACGUGCUUGGUCCCCAUAGCUGCCCGCGUUCUUUCCAGGUGGCCACGUGGUCAGCUAACGACUACGUGGCGAUACCUGCCGCUACCACGUCAUCAGGCUGUUGGGAUCAACGUCACUCAGGGAACGGCUUGGAAGGGUGGGUGAGGAGGAGUAGGAGUGAUACCUGUCCCAGGUGUUCUUUCCCGCGAUCUCUCUUUCCCGCGCUUUCGGGUCAUCUCGGGCGAAUAUCUUCUCCUUCUGCUCGGAUUCUGCCGACGCAAAGUGUGGCACUCGGAAAUUGCCGAGGACGACGGAGAGGAAGAGGGGCUGUUAUCAAGCCCGUCGUUGACUCGUCGAGUCGAACGCAUCGAGCGGUGGGAGAUCGUCGUCGGAGGAGGUGGGAGUCUGGCUGCGCUAUCGAAGCCACUGGCACCGGGCGCGUAGGUAAUUAUACAAGCAGUCGGUGGUUCGAGACCCGCAAGCAACGGCAGCAGGAGCUGCGGCGGUCGCCCGCUGAUUGUUACCGACACGUGUCGACAUCACCGUCGACGAUGGCGUCGGCAAAGUUAGAGAGAGGGGAGGGGGAUGAUGGGGGGAAACAGGGGGAGAGUGACUUGCGCUUGUCCGCGGCAGAAGGGGAGAAAGAGCUGUCGGCCCUGGAACAGAAGAAAGCCAACAGAUUAGUCGACGAACAGAGUCCUUACCUGCUGCAACAUGCGUAUAACCCUGUGGACUGGUAUCCUUGGGGAGAGGAGGCAUUUGCUAAAGCGAGGUCGGAGAAUCGACCCAUUUUCUUGUCAGUGGGAUACAGCACAUGUCACUGGUGUCAUGUGAUGGAGGUGGAAUCGUUUGAGAGCGAAGAGGUGGCGAAACUUAUGAACGACUGGUUUGUGAAUAUCAAGUGCCACGUCAGCAGUGCCACGUCAGAGACAGUGCCACGUCAGCAGUACCCCGCCACCAUGACGGGCGCAGCUCUGGGCAUGUCAGGCCAACUGGCCAAUGAGUCCAUUGCCGACUACAAAAAGCGCUUCCAGGCUCAGCUCGCUGCAAUCGAGGCUGAGGAACAACGCCAGCUGGCAGUCAAGGCUGCCCAGCUACAGGCUGAAGUGGCAACAGCAGAGAAGCUGCAGCUACAGGCCGAAGCAGACGCAGAUACCCAGGCUCGCCGCAAGGAAGCCCAGGAUCUGCUGCUGCAACAUGAAGCCAACAGCAUCGACAGAUUCAAGUUCUGGCACUUUGAACCGAACGGCGACGAACCAACACCGGAAGAGAAGCAUAAGGAGUUCAUGGCCAAGCUUGUGACCAGGCUGGUUUGCACAUGUAACCACCUGCAGUCCGAGCUGGCAAACCUUCAGCGGGUUGUGCGGAACCGUAAGACUCAGCAUGAGGAUGCCACACGGGCACUGGACGCCCGUGUACUGGACCUGGAACAGGCUGUACCAGGACCAGCUGCUGGGGCUUCCAGCAGUGCAUCCUCUAGCCACCAAUUGGAGGAAUGCGUUGACCACGUAGUGGCAAUGCUAGGAGACAUAAGUGACUUCACAGAGCCGGCCACCAUCAGCCAGCGGUUCGAGUUGCUGGACACUAAGAUCAGUCAGCAACAGCAGACCGACCACAGCCACAACAAUAGCUCGGCAAGGCCAUACAAGAUGCCGACUGCUCUGUUCAUCAACACCAAGGGAGGAUGUCAGAUCUGGCUCAGCCACAUGGCAACCAUCCACGGCGUCCAGGUUUCAGACCUGCACAAGGUCUCCUGGGCGGAUAUGGCAAAGGAAUGGAAGAAGCGGUUCAUAGUGGAUGACGCACCCGCGCUCGCCAUCAACCGCAUCUUUGCGAUGGCUCAAGGGAGCACACCGAUACGUGACUGGCUCACAGAUUGGCAGAAGAUCGUGGCCACGCCCGAUCUGGACUUGCCAUUUCCGCAUCUGCGCCGUGAGUUCUACAACAGGUCAUGCGCCGCUCUGAGCCUCGCACUUGGUGAUCACGAGCAGUACCACACUUCCGCAGAGAUCAUCAACAAGGCGAGAGAGAUCAUCAAGACCAACAGUGGAUGCCGAACGAUUGCCGAACGAUUGCCGAAACCGCAUUGCAAUGUGCUCAUGGCACAAUUGCGGGACUACUUGCACACUGCAGUACCAGCUCCGUUGAUGGACUCCAGAGCAGAGGUUGUCGACCUUCUCGCGUACAUCGCGAAGAUUGACCGCGAGUUCAAGACGCAACGGUACGACGACAUCGACGCACCAUUGCUAUACAUACGCAUUCAGAUUGGAGAGGCGACCUGCAAUGCCUUGAUCGACUGUGGAGCAUCUCACAACUACAUCAGCCAGGACUUCAUGGUACGCGCCGGCCUUGGCCCACGUGUCCGGAGGAAGUCCCAGCCUACGCAAGUCACGUUGGUAGACGGUCAUACGCACAAGUCAAUCGACCGGUGCAUUGACGCCGUCCCCGUGUACUUUGCCCCUCACGCAAGUGAGGCGGUGUCCUUUGACAUUCUGGACACCAAAUUUGACAUGAUGUUGGGCAUGUCAUGGCUGCGAAGCGAGGAUCACCCGGUGAACUUCUUCAAAUGCACUGUUCACAUUCGUGAUCGGAACGGAGUACUAGUUCCAUGCACGGUGCCUCUUCCUCAUCCUUCUAUCAACUGCCACGUGGUAUCCGCCGCAAGCAUGCCCGCAUGGAGUAGUACAGGAUCGGCCCAUCCGCCACGAGAUCAUCGUCGAGAACGGGGCCGUACCUCCGCGCGGCUGCAACUACCGAAUGAGCGAGGAAGAAGUGUGCUCCGUGCACAACUCGACGAACUUCUAGAGAAAGGUUGGAUUCGGCCUAGCUCAUCGCCAUACGGUGCUCCUGUCCUCUUCGUCCGGAAGAAGAACAAGGAUCUGUUGGUGUGCAUCGAUUAUCGCAAGCUCAACGCGCAGACGAUCAGGAACGCCGGCCCUCUCCCACGCAUCGACGACCUUCUCGAGCGAUUGGGCGGCGCCCUGUUCUUCUCUAAGCUGGAUCUCAAGUCAGGGUACCACCAACUUGAGAUUCGCAAGGAGGAUCGCUACAAGACCGCGUUUAAGACACGAUAUGGGCAUUUUGAAUGGCUGGUCAUGCUGUUUGGCCUUACGAAAGCCCCAACCACUUUCCAAGCGGCUAUGACAACGGAGUUCCGACACAUGCUGGAUCGGUUUGUACUCAUCUACCUCGACGACAUCUUGGUGUAUAGUCGGAGUUUGAACGAGCAUGUGGAACACCUGCGCACCGUUUUGAAGCGGCUACGACAAGCCAAGUACAAAGCAAACCGCGACAAGUGCGAGUUCGCACAGCAGGAGCUGGAAUACUUGGGACACUAUGUGACGCCGCAAGGCAUCCGUCCGCUUGCUGACAAGAUCGAGGCCCUACGAGUAUGGCCCGAGCCCACCAACAUCACGGACGUUCGUUCAUUCAUGGGAUUGGCGGGCUACUAUCAGCGAUUCAUCACCGGAUACUCGAGGAUUGCUGCACCAAUGACGAGGUUAAAGUCGCCAAAGGUGCCAUUCGUAUUCGAUGAUGCCGCACGCCGGUCAUUCCAAGCACUUAAGACGGCUAUGCUCAUGGCACCCGUCCUUAGCAUCUAUGACCCCACCCUGCCGACGCGAGUGACUACGGACGCUUCCGGCUAUGGCAUUGGGGCAGUCUUGGAACAGCACGACGGCGAUGACUGGCACCCUGUGGAGUAUUUCAGCCACAAAGUGCCUCCCAUCAACUCGCUUGAUGAUGCGAGGAAGGAGCUGCUCGCAUUCGUCAUGGCUCUCAAGCGAUGGCGACACUUUCUCCUUGGGCGUCGUAGGUUCACAUGGGUCACGGACAACAAUCCAUUGACUUACUACAAGACGCAGGAUACGGUGAGCAGCACGAUCGGACGAUGGAUGUAYUUCAUCGACCAAUUUGACUUCACACCGAAACAUUUGCCCGGCCUCUCAAAUCGCGCAGCAGAUGCACUCUCGCGAAGACCCGAUCUUUGCGCUAUGACACAUCAUGCCUUCGCAUUCGACGAGGAGCUUCAGCGACACUUCAUCCUGGCAUAUCAGUCUGAUCCGGACUUCGGCACGCUCUAUGCACAGCUAUCUUCGGAUCACCCGCCGGCUAGCCAUUACCGCAUUGCCGACGGGUACUUGCUCCUCCACUCGAGAUGCAAGGACUUACUAUGUGUCCCACGCGACCGUCAUCUUCGGACUCGCCUCCAUGAUUCACGACUCACCGGCCAUUUCGGAGUCAACCGCACUAUUGCACGGCUUCGACAGCGAUUCCGAUGGCCCGACCUCAUUACCGAUGUCACUCGGUAUUGCGACUCUUGCGAAGUUUGCCGACGCAGCAAGCCCCGCAACCGCAAUCCUUACGGCGAGUUACACCCGAUGCCUAUCCCACGGGAACCCGGUCUCUCCAUUGCCAUGGACGUCACCGGUCCGUUUCCUCGCGACCGGCUCGGGCACGACGGCAUCCUCACGGUUGUGGACCGAUUGAGUAAGUACGCGCGUUUUCUCCCUUGCAAGUACUACUCCAUGGCUCCCGAGCUGGCACGCCUACUGCACACUGGUUGGAUUUGUGGCUACGGUGUUGAUCGGGAGGAGCGGCCUGAUGUGGACAAGGUCUACAUGACCUAUGUUCAGGCAAUGCAAGGCAGUGGUGGGUGGCCUAUGAGUGUGUUUCUGACUCCUGACCUGAAGCCAAUCGUCGGAGGAACGUACUUCCCUCCAAAUGACAUGUAUGGGCGGCUUGGGUUCAAAACUGUGUUGAGGCGAGUGAAGGAAGCAUGGGAGAAGUCACCGGACAAAUUGCGUGAAGGAGGUGAUCAGGCCAUUCAGCAACUAGCAGAAGCCACGUCAGUGUGGGCGGAAGCAAGGGACAUGGCCAAUGAAGAUGCACUGGAGGCGAUUCAGCUGUGUGUAAGCCAGCUGGCGUCAAAAUAUGAUGGGCGGCUUGGGGGCUUUGGAGGUGCUCCAAAAUUUCCAAGGCCAUCUGAGAUCAACAUACUGCUGCGGCGCCAUCUACGACUGGCACAGAGAGGGGAUGUGAAGCAGUCGGCUGAUAGGGUCCUUGGGAUGGCUUCCUUUACCCUCAAGUGUAUGUCCAGAGGGGGCAUGCAUGACCACAUAGGAGGGGGGUUCCAUCGCUACAGUGUGGACGAGUAUUGGCAUGUUCCUCAUUUUGAGAAAAUGCUGUACGAUCAAGGACAACUGGCAAAUGCGUAUUUGGAUGCAUUCCUGAUAACUUCAGACACACAUUUUGCGACGAUGGCAAGGGAUGUUCUGGACUAUCUUCGGCGAGAAAUGACUUAUCCUGGGGGUGGAUUCUUUUCUGCAGAAGAUGCUGACAGUGCAGAAUAUGAAGGGGGACCAAAGCGGGAGGGGGCCUUCUAUGCGUGGACUACAGACGAGUUGGAGGACAUUCUGGGGUCGGAGCGGUUCAAGGUGUUCGCUUCGCAUUACUAUGUAAAAGAGGAUGGCAAUUGUGACCUGUCGAAACGGAGUGAUCCGCAUGACGAGUUCAAAGGGAAGAAUGUUUUGAUUGAAAGGUCAUCGCUUGCUGAAACUGCAGCCAAGUUUGGAUUGCCGGAAAACAAAUGCGCGGAACUUUUGGGCCAGUGUCGUCUGGAGCUUCAUUUGCAUCGCAAGAAGCGACCCCAUCCGCACUUGGAUGAUAAGAUCAUCGUAGCAUGGAAUGGAUUAGCCAUAUCUGCCAUGGCGAGAGCAUCGAGGGUAUUGAGAUCGGAACCAGUGGAGAUGAAGCACCAUUUUCCUGUAGAAGGCUGCAAUCCAGCCGAAUACUUGAAAGCUGCGGAGAAUGCGGCAUCGUUCCUGGAGGAAAAACUGUAUGACCCAUCCACGAAGAGGCUUCGGAGGAAUUACCGCAACCUCCCUUCAGAAGCAUUGGGCUUCAUUGACGAUUACGCGUUUCUGAUUGGAGGAUUGAUAGACCUGUAUGAGGCCGGCGGGGAUAUCAGAUGGCUGACCUGGGCAUUGGAGUUGCAGAACACCCAAGAUGAGCUGUUCCUUGAUAAGGAGGGUGGAGGCUAUUUCAGCGUGCCAGAAGGCGACUCUACCAUCCUGCUGCGCAUGAAGGAAGAUUACGACGGUGCCGAGCCGAGUGGCAACUCGGUUGCAGCGACGAAUCUCCUUCGUUUAUCUGCGAUGCUGUACGGGACGCGGGCGGAAAAUUACCGCAGCACUGCGGAGCACGUCAUGGCCGUGUUCGCAUCAAGGCUGAAGGAUAUCCCCAUGGCGUUACCUCAGCUCUGCUGUGCCCUUGAUCUGCACACGUCAAAUAUCAAGCGCCAGAUUAUUGUUGCAGGGGUGAAGGGCAGGCGAGAUGCUGAACUGUUAACGAAUUGCGCUCAUUCCACAUUUGAACCAGAUUCUGUGGUAUUGUUUGUCGAUGAUGAAGAUGAGAAUGUCCGUGCUUUCUGGCACGAGCACAAUCCGAAUGUAUUGGCGAUGGCGAAGAAGUUAGACGGCAAGGCUGCCGCGUACAUUUGUCAGAACUUCGUCUGCAAGGCGCCAGUUACAGACCCCGAGAGCAUGGGGAAGAUCUUGCGAGAACCACCAGCGCCGGCAUUCAAGCUCAGCACCCUAGACAUCCAGUCUGCUAUGGAUCAGGCAACCCGUCCAGUGAGCUAGUGAGACGCCUCAUGAGCCGGGUCUUGUGUCGUUCCAGUUGUGUGCGCCAGAGUAUGUGAAGAGCACAACAAAUUGUUGACGGAAGUAGAACAGGUAUCGGCAGAAAACGAGUCUUGGUUGGAAGUCCAUUUGAUACUUAGCAUCUUGCCAAGGAGGAGGAGGAGGAGGAGAUAGGACUGCCAUGAGCAGGAGGAGGAGGAGGAGGAGGAGGAGGAGGAGGAGGAGAUAGGACUGCCAUGAGCAGGAGGAGGAGGAGGAGGAGGAGAUAGGACUGCCAUGAGCAGGAGGAGGAGAUGGGACUGCCAUGAGAAGGAGGAGGAGGAGGAGGAGGAGGAGGAGAUAGGACUGCCAUGAGCUUCUCAGGAGUAGUAUGAGCUUUUCUUUCAGAGCUACCUUGUUCCCUGUGCCGAGGAGGAGGAGGAGAUAUGACUGUCAUGAACUUUUCAGUAGUAGUAUGAGCUUUUCUUCCAGAGAUACCUUCUUCCCUGUAUCUGGACUGGAAGUUGGUCUGUAUUAGGACUCUUUUUUCUUUCAGAUACAACGUCCGGUCAUUAUAGCUGUAUAUUUAGACUGAAAGAUACCCCAAAUACAGCUACACCGUGUAUUCGGCUAUCCGAUGUAUUCGGGAGAAGAAGGUAGAGUUUGGGAUGUAGCUAUUCGGUCUAUUCGGCAAAGAAGGUAGAGUUUGGGAUGUAGCUAUUCGGCUAUUCGGUAUAUUUGGGAGAAGAAGGUAGAGUUUGGGAUGUAGCUAUUCGGUGUAUUCGGGGGAAGAAGGUAGAGUUUGGGAUGUAGCUAUUCGGCUAUUCGGCUAUUCGGUGUAUUCGGGAGAAGAAGGUAGAGUUUGGGAUGUAGCUAUUCGCCGUAGUAUUCGGUGUAUUCGGGGGAAGAAGGUAGAGUUUGGGAUGUGGAGCUUUACGAGCCUGCGUUGCACGACUUCAGCAGUUAACAAGUUCACAUUUUUCACACUUCUGUGGAAUUUUUACCCCCAAAACAGCUACACAAUGUAUUGGGAUGUGAAGCUUUAAGAGCCUGCAUUGCACGACUUCACCAGUAGACAACUUCACAUUUUCGCACUUACUGUGGAAUCCUUGUAUAGACGGUACAAUGGAGGAACAGAGUAGGGAAGGAAAGGUGUAAGCGAAGUGGAAAGGGAGCACAACGUUCGACUUCACACGUUUUUCACAGUAUCGCCCAAUCAGGGAGCAGCAGAUGCAAGCGUCACGAAUGUGGAAAAUUGAUUCUCUGUCUCUCUCUCUCUGUUUUCAGGACGUCGUCUUCAUCAUGGUCUAGUUUUCUAUCAAUCCGUUGACGGAUUUCCCAAAUGGCCAUCUCGCCGACUUCAACAAGGGUCCAGAUCACAACAGCAUCCAUCCUCUGUCGUGUCCCCAAACAGGCGCGCCAUCUUUUUUCUUUUUUUUAACAGGCACGCCAUCUACUACAUCGAGGGUUGAAGCGUUCAUUGCACAACAGCAUCCAUCCUUCUUUGGGAUCCCCGACAGAUGUCAUCUACUUCAACAAGGGUCCAGUUCACAGCAGCAGCGUAUUGACUUCGAAAAAAUGGUUCAGCGCGUCUAUCAAUCAUGCACAUUUUGGCAAAGCACUGUAGUGCAGCCUUGGAACAGCCUACUGGUCUCUGCAUGCGGAGUUGGUUUGAUGGGCCUAGCGUCUUUUUUAUCCGAAUAUGAUGCCCAAUCAUUAUAACUGUAUCGGGAGCAACCUUCAGCCGACACCAGUGGUUUGACUCAGCAACUUUCAGUCCGCAGCAGUUUGACUCGGCGCUGGGUGAAGACAGUGGCGUCUCUCUCUGCAUUUGAAUUUGAAUUCAGUCCUAUGUGUAGCUGUUCUCGAUGGCCAUCGCCGACUUUCAUCGAGGGUACGGUCAUCGGUCACGCUGCCAAUAAAAAGUUGAAAACACAGCUUUUAGGCACUGUUGUGCAGCGUGCUGCGGUUGCGCGACUCUUUUCUGCGUAUCCUCGGUUCAAUCAAGUUCAAUGUAUAUGAGCCUAUGAGGCCGAUAUCGCCGUGUCGUCCUCAGCUUAGCCAAGAUGUACACUCGCGUUCUAUUUGUCCUGAUCGGUUGUAUGCUCCGACCACUCUAUCAAGGUCCAGAUUCAUUCGUUUCGGAUCCCCAGCGUGGCCUGAUUCAUCCUUUUAGUGGAUUCUCUUCGCUCUGUGCACAUCUACUGUGUCCAGUGUGUGUGUCUCUCUAUCGGGUAGUUUGUGUCGGUGGUAAGUAGGUGCGGAAUGUGGUCGCGGCCACCGCAACUGCUUUGGAGGGUGAACUUUUUGCCGCCCGACUGCCUCGGUGGCGCCCCAAUUACGUCAUCCAUUCCCCCUUCGUUUCGGAUCCGAUGGUCAACUCAGCAAAAAAGAGUAUUAAAAAAAAGAAAAAAAAGUGACCGGCACAGAGAUUGAUAGUCUGUGAGACUGUUGAGGUGCAGUUGGUUUGUCGGCCUCUCUGAGUACCACUCGAGGCCAGAGGAGAUCAGUGGGGGGCUGUUCCUUCAAAGAGUAUAUGGAAUUACAAAGGGGUAUGCUUGAAAUGAAAAGGCGGGGAGUGGGGGAUGUGGUUGGCAUAAAAAGGGGUUUUGUCUUCAUGUGAAUUUGGGACUUGAAGCAAAGGAGCAAAAGAUUUGAGAGUAUUCUUUCGGGUGUGGUCGGAGUUUCAGCUCGUGUUUCGAUAGGUAUGCUUGAGGUGAGAUUCGAGUGAGAUGGCACGAUGUGCAAGUCAUGUCGUCAUGGGUGGAGGGGUGGAGGGGGGCCUUGUUCGGGGGUGUAAGGGUGGCAGGGGUUGACUUGAAAUUCGGACCGUGCUGUCGCAUCUGGCAGCGGAAUCCAUUUCCUUUUGUCAUUUUGAAAACUGACCCGUCGACUCGUCGCAGAAGUACUGAAUAUAUGAGAAUGGUGCACUGCCCCAUCCCUCCCACUCCCCCCUUGCUGUUUACGAUCAUCAAGGAAGCUGAUGGUGGUUGGAUGCAACAAACUUUUCUAGAACGA